AAAGGUUUUCGAUGGCUUACGUUCUAGGUAAGCGGUUGCGAAAUUUAAUAAAAUGCAAGAUAUAACCUUAAACUGCCGCCCGCGUUUAUUGUUUUACCCUCUACACCAAGUUGGACAUUCCCUGUGUAAUACCUAUUUUCUGUCCACCAAUGUUAACCACUUUAUUGGUUAAGGUUUAACCAGCUUAGUUUUGUGAUGUCUAUGAUAUUGAAUUUGCUGAAAUAUUUUGAAAACUACCACGAGCAAAAAAUAAAUGCUAAGUUCUGCACCGGCAAAAAAACACUUUUAUUCGAAAUGCGGGCGUUAAAGGAAAGAUAGAUAAUAAAUCGAAGAUAAUAAAGAGACAGAAACUAUCUAACAGAGCUAUAAAAACAGACUCUCAGUGCGAAUACGCGUGACUCUUGUGUUAUUUUACAGUGUAUGGCAUUUUAGUGUCCUAAGUGUAACUUAAGAGAAUACAGAACUCAAUGGUGAAGGUUGUUUUCCUUAUUACGCAUACUCCUCACAAAAAUAAUGGUGGUCAUUAAAAACAAACAUAAGAUCCCGGUGCCCGAGUAUCUGAACGAACAGUUCUUCACGGACACCCUCGAGGAGGGUCUGAGGCAGUCAAAAGUGACUCUGAAGGAGAUCAACGUGGACUGGGGCAGCAAUCCGGGGGACAACUACUGCUCGUCGAUAUAUCGGGCGGAGCUGACAUUCGCAAAGUGGAUGGAUGGCGUGGAAUGCGAAGAAACGGAUCACAUUUCGCUGAUCAUAAAGGCCAUUCCGACCACUCCAGCUACCCAAAUGUUGCAAAAUGCAGGAGUGUUUAUCAAGGAAAAGCAGACUUACACCGAUAUCUUGCCCCGUUUGGAGAUCCUGAAUCGCGGCGAUAAAUUUGCACCAAGAUACUAUUACUCCGUGAAGAAACCGGCUCAGACAAUCGUCUUUGGCGACCUCAAGGCGCUGGGAUACAAGGUGGCCUCACGGGAGUCGGGCCUCGACUGGAACCACGCCUCACUGAUCCUUCAGCAGUUGGGCAAGUUCCAUGCCACAUCCAUGGUGCUGGCCAAGAUGGAUCCGGACAUUGUGAAGAACUACACCCGUGGCAUGCUCAGCGAGAACCUUAUAAUGAAGGACGACGGCAUGGAGAAAAUUUUCGGUGGCUUCCUCAAGGGCCUCAUCAAGUGUUCAGCUGGCUGGCCCGGUUUCGAGAAUAUAAGCAAUCACCUACAGCGUUUUAUGGACAACUUCCGGUCCGUAUGUGUGGCAGCAGCCAAGCCGAAGAAGGGGGAUCGCUACGUGGUGCUCAACCAUGGUGACUUGUGGACCAAUAACUUUAUGUUCGCCUAUGGGAACGCCUCGCAGCCUAAGGUUCCCACAAGUGCCCGUUUUCUGGACUUUCAGGUGUCCUUCUUUGGCAGUCCGGCAUGCGAUCUGAAUUUUUUUCUGAACACAAGUCUCAAGCUGGAGUUGCUGCAGGAGCGCCACGAGGAUCUGAUUAGAUUGUACUAUGUGGCGUUUAGGGAAGCUCUGGAGUACGCACAUUUCGAGGACAUUCCCAGCUAUGAGGACUUGAAGUACGAACUGCGAAGCCGCGAGACCUACGGACUCUUUGGCAUGUUCGGUUUCCUGCCCAUAAUCACCAUGCCCCUGGAGUUGGCCAAAGACAACAGCCUAGAGAAAAUGCAGGACGAGGCUUUCAAGCAGCGCAAGAUGGAUGCUAUUUUUUCGCAAAAGUUUUUAAACGACUACCAGAAAUGGGCCUUGAAACGAGCGGAUUCCCUUGGCGUCUUUGACGAUUAUUGAAAAGAUACAUUCUUAUGAAGCUGGGAGUAGUAAAUAACUUUUGAGCUUAUCAAUUUUAAACCUGUCUUUGGAAGUACUGUUUUUUUUAUUUUACAAAAAUCUCAUAAAAGUAAGGAAAAUCUUUUAACUUAACAUCAACAAAAAAGAAAAAAAUACGGCAAGCCGAAUAUAAUCUUAGUA